AUGGCCACAUGGACGAGGACAAUCUGUGGUUCCUUCGAACUGGCUAGCGAGCAGCUAUUGGCAUAUAUUGAUAUGCCCGCAUCACCUGUGGAAAAUGCCGUCAACAAUUUCCAAUGGAUUGCUAUCCAUGCCAUAAUGGACAGCCAUGGAAGUUAUCUGGACAGAACAGCAUCAAACACGGUAUUAGCUGUUGGAGGUGUACUAGGAUCUAGUGAUUGUGGCAGACCGAGUUCGUCCAUGGCAGCAGAUGUUAAUGUUUUUUUGGCGGACCCAGCAAGCAUCGAUCCCAGCUCCCGAGAAGAAGGAUCAUCCAUAGAAGCCCAGGAGGUCCCAAUCCCACUAUUAACCCCUAUCCAGCGUGCAUGUUUGGAUUUUUGCAUUGAGCUGUUGAAUCAACGCGUGGUGCACCGGGAAUACAGCUGCACGUUAGAGUUUGAGAUCGAAGAGGAUUGUGGACCCCGGAGGAUUAUCCCCCCAUUUUAUCCCAAGUCAUCAAGUCGGCACGGUUCAUGGUGUCUAGUCAUUUCGCGGAACGAACGCGUCGAUCGCGUUGACCGACUUUUGGACAAGUCUGUCAGUAACAUUCUGCGAGCAAUCACAGUAUCGGCCAUGGUUCACAUUCAAGACCUCCCAGUAGAGCUUCUGGGACAAAUUCUGGAGUUUGUUACUGAGCGUGAAGAUGAAACUCCGGAUGAAAACGGAGACGAGCUCAAUAUUGAAGACAUUAACGAUGAUACCGAUAAGUUAAAGGAUCUACGCAAUAUCUGCUUGGUCUCGCGGUCUUUUCGCGACCUUGCACAGCCGCUCCUGUUUCGUGAUUUUGAUGAGGACGGCACGUCUGGCGAUAUGACGAAGAUUGUUUCUUUCGCUAAGUCCAUCUACCGCAACCCAGAACUUGCAAAACAUGUGCAACGUAUCUCCAUUGAGGCGGUCGCCCCACCAAAUGUGCUUGAUACCAUGCGGCUCGACCGCGAGGACUUUGUAUUCUUCAAAGGCGUCGUUAAACAACUUCAAUUAGCUGAGCAAGAGAAAGUUUGGAUUUCGGCUUUGAAGAAAGCGGAUCUUAGCAUCUUUAUAGCGUUACUCGUCAACCAGACUCCCAAUCUUCGACAUCUAUGUCUACCGGGUGGUGAGUUCUCAAUGGAGCCUAUCCUCCGUCUCUUUCAGCGAAAUCCAUCACUGUUGUCAAAUCUAGAACUUUUCUGGAUUGAUUCCCAGGACGAAUGUGCAGGCCACUCAAUUGCGGCCUAUGCGAGAAUUCUGACCCUCACCAAGCUGCGUACCGCGGGUUUUGAGUACGGCGACCUUGAUCGUACGUCGUUCCCGGCUUCCUGGACGCCGGGAGUGCUGGCAGUGGAAGACUUGGCAUUCCACCAUUGCCACAUCGAUGCUUAUGCCCUUCAGAAGCUCACGAAGGCAUGCAAGAAACUAAAGUCAUUCGCCUAUAACAACUUUAGCCUAGACCCACGAGUUCAGCGAACGAUGAUAUCCGAGGAUGUGCGCGAGUUUAACGCUGCUCAAGCUCAUAAAGCCAUGCUCCAACACAAGGAUACCCUCGAGCAUUUCAAUCUCGCAUUUGCAUCGGAUUUAUGGGACGUCGAGGAUCUUGAAGAACACAUUGAGAAACAAAUCAAAAUUGGCUCGUUCCGCGACUUUGCCGUUCUCGAAAGCGUUUUUAUUUCACAUGAACUACUACCACCCCAUCCUCAAUUCCCGCACUCAUUACAAAUUCUCCAAAUCACCGAUUGCAACGUGUCUGUUCGUGGGAUGGUCCAAAACAUUGCAAAUGAUUGUAAAAAUGGACUUUACCCAAACCUGACCAACUUCUUGAUACUCGCAGUAGACAUUACGCGGCCUAUUAAGCUCCCAGGACAACGCAUCCCACCAGGACAAACGCCGCAACAAUGUUAUCUCAGUCUUAGGGAGCUGUUCGACGGCACCCUGGUUGAUUUUCUAAUAUGUCCUUAUAAAACACCCGACUUUAAUGUCGAACUUCAGGAUUCCGAUCCGGAAGAGUACGACGAGUUCAUCGGUAGGCAGGGUCCUGGGCCUAGCCAAUUGGCAGGGCUUCUCAAUAUGAUUAUGCAGCACGCGUUGGAUGACCCUCAAUCUGCACCGGGUCGUUCGUAUGCUGCAAGUGACGACUCAUGGGAAACGGAGAGUGACGAUUGAGAUGCCGCCAGUCUAUUAAUACCCAAUAUUGAUAUUGCACUUAAUGAUAAUUGAAUGCUUUCUUCGUAUAU